GACCAAGAAAGAUGCAAGCAAAAAUAAUCAGUCGGACAAAAAUAAAGUCUGGCAAAUAAGGAUGUUAAGAAAAGCCAUCAGUCAAACAGAAAUUUCAUGUCAACUUUGGGGGAGGUAUACAAAUUAACCGCGUUAAGCCGGAAGAAAAGUAAAAAGUAGCUGCAUGUCAUUUUCAAAUAUCAUCGAUGUAAAGAAAACUCAUUAAUUAGCCGCCUGCAGCAGCAAGAAAAGUCAAAGGAGAUUUAGUCUUCAAUAUAUAUAUUAAAAAAUUAAAAAAGAAAAGGGAUAGAGCUAUGAAAAGUAGACGAUUAAAUGAAGAUGAUCAGAAUCCAGAGGUGGAGCAGCUGCACAUCAUUCUCAACGAUGGGAAAGAAAGGCUUGAAGUGUUGGUAUUUGGCCUCGUUCAGUCUGCUUCUAACGCUCGGUGUUACGAGUUCUCAAGAGCAGAACAAACCCUGUCCUCCGUCUCGGUGCGGCAUUAUCACAAACAUCUCAUAUCCAUUUCGCCUGCGAGAUGACCCAGCCAACUGCGGCGACCCCAAAUUCGAGCUAGCCUGCGAAAACAACGUCACUCUUGUUCAUUUGUAUAACGGAACAUACAGAGUACUGGCAAUAAACUACAACAACUAUACAAUCCGACUCGUAGAUCCUGGCAUUCAGGCGGGCAAUUGUUCCUCCCUCCCUCGCUAUUCCUUAUCCCAAUCCAAUUUCACCGAAACUUACCUCUUAAACAUGGAAUACGAUAGCACUAAUCCCUACGGCGCAAAUCUGAAGCGAAUAGGAUUAGAAGUUUCAUUCAAACACAUUGUGUACCUGAACUGCAGCGAUCCAGUGAGGGAUGACACAUCAUACCUCGAUACAUCUCCAUGCGUGAAUUGGGAAUCCAAAGGAGGAGGUCAUGUGUAUGCAUUAGCGGGAGAUUUACUGGUUAAGGAGUUAAAACCUCAAUGUCGAGUGAAAUCGGUGGCCACCAUUUCAUUAGAUUGGGAUUCACAGGUAGGCGGUGGAAUCAAGUCAUACGCCGAAAUUCACAGAGUGCUUUCCAAUGGAUUCGAGGUUUUGUGGUGGAAACGAGCUUGUGUUGAUCAUAGUUGUCCCAUUUCCAGUUUCUGCUCUUUGAACCGCGAAACUCUCAGGCUCCAAUGCGCACGGGAUUUCUCGUCCUGUUACAGUCCCAUGGGAAUAACUGUGCAUAGCGGAAUUUUAUGCAAUCAGUUAACAAAGCUGCGCAUAUUGGCAGAAGAUUACCUCUAUGGAAUUCAAAAAGGACUAAGCCAAGUGGUGGGGAAAGAUAUAGACCCUCACCAUGAAGACUAUGAUUUUAGUCUAACAAAUGUUGCAAUCAUAUUAGGAAUAAUCACUGGAAGAGGUUUUGUGCCAUACAUCACUGUCAGAUUUUUCUUGGGCACCAUAUUCCUAUCAACACUGUUGAUUUAUAUAUUUCGCAGAAGACACUUAUCAAUGUAUGAAAACAUCGAAGAUUUCAUAAGACUUCAAAAUCUUAUCCCAAUAAGGUAUUCCUACAAGGAUUUGAAGAAAAUGAGCGAAGGUUUUAAGAAUAAGUUGGGUCAAGGAGGCUUUGGCACUGUAUAUAAAGGGAAGCUAAGGAGUGGACCUAUGGUUGCUAUCAAAAUGUUGGGUGACUCCAAAACUAAUGAUCAAGAAUUUAUCAGUGAAGUUGCAACUAUUGGUAGGAUACAUCAUUUCAAUGUGGUACAUCUUGUUGGGUUUUGUAUAGAAGGAACGAAGCGUGCUCUUCUCUAUGAGUUUAUGUCGAAUGGUUCUUUGGAUAAAGUUAUUUUUUCCAAAGGGAAUAUCUCCUUGAGUUAUCAUAAAGUAUAUGAGAUAUCUUUGGAGAUAGCUCGUGGGAUUGCCUACCUUCAUCAUGGUUGUGACAUGCAGAUAUUACAUUUUGAUAUCAAGCCUCAUAACAUUCUUCUUGAUGAUGACUUCACUCCAAAGAUUUCAGAUUUUGGACUAGCGAGAUUGUAUGCAAUUGAUGAUAGUAUUGUCACCUUGACUGCAGCAAGAGGAACAAUAGGAUAUAUGGCUCCUGAGUUAUUCUACAAGAAUAUUGGAGGAGUGUCUUAUAAGGCUGAUGUUUAUAGCUUUGGAAUGCUUUUGAUGGAAAUGGCAAGUCGAAGAAGAAAUAUGAAUCAAGAUGCAGAAGAUUCAAGUGAAGCUUACUUUCCUUUAUGGAUAUAUGACCAAUUCAAUGAAGAGAAAGACAUAGAAAUGGAAGAUUUAACAGAGGUGGAUAAGAAUUUGGCAAGGAAAAUGAUUAUAGUAGCACUUUGGUGCAUACAACUAAAACCUAUUGAUCGCCCUUCAAUGAAUAAGGUAAUAGAAAUGUUAGAAACCGAGGAUGUUGAAAGUCUUGAAAUGCCUCCAAAACCUUCUCUAUAUCCUAAUGAGAGGGUUUUAAUGGAUGAUAGUUUCAGUUCUAGCCAAACAUCAUCCGCUAUCUCUGCAGAUUCUCCUAGCAGCCUAGGUGAGGUUUGAAGUGAUGAUGGGAAAUAAUAAUUCGCAAUUGAAAAUGAUCAAAAGCUGGUAUUGUUUUAAAGUUCAGCUCAUGAUCUUGUAUUUGAUAACUAUUGUUUUAUUAUCCUGAUCUCGAUUGUGCUU